AUGUUGAUGGCUAGAAUCAGAGUCGGGCUUGUUUUGAUAGCGCUUCUGUGUUGGCCCGCUCUUUGUACGGCGUUCAAACUACAGAAGCCAUCGUGGAGCCUUCCAUGGGAAAGAAAAUAUUAUAAACAAGGCGAGAAGGUAGAAUUGCUGGUCAAUACCGUGGAGUCUGAAAAUACACAACUUCCUUAUGCAUACUAUAAGUUGCCGUUUGUCUGUCCUCCAACCAAAGACUCGCGUCCAGUCCACUUGUCGCUGGGCGAGGUGUUGAACGGUGAUCGAAUCUGGCAGUCAGAUUACCAUCUCAAAUUUCAGGAGGAUGAACCCUGUGUGCGACUUUGUGAUAGAGUGAUCAGAACCAACGGGUUGAAGCGCGCAGACGAACUCAUCAAGAACGAGUACAUGGUCGAGUGGAUCAUCGAUGGCCUCCCAGGUGCCACAACUUUUAGCAAACCUGCCAAGGGAAAAGAAAAGUCCGAAAAGUACUAUGUUGCUGGAUUUCCCCUUGGUUUUGUCGAGAACGGAGUUAGCUACCUUCAUAAUCAUGUUAUGUUGGUUAUUAGAUGGCACAAAGAGAGCGGAAAGACUGACCAAAAGGCUAUUGUCGGAUUUGAGGUUUAUCCAAAGUCUGUUUCCGAUUUCCGCUGCCCUGGUGCAUCCAAGAAUUACGCCAACUUUGCCAUUAAUCCAAAUGCUAAGGACAAGGUGGUGGUGCCUUUCACAUACUCUGUCUACUGGCGUGAGGAGGUGGACGUCAAUUACGAAAAUAGAUGGAAGAUGUUCAGAACUCCUGGAGGAGCAUCCCAUGACAGCAAAAUGCACUGGUUUGCUUUGGUCAACUCUAUGGUUGUUGCAUCCCUUGUGUCCCUGGCCGUGUCGAUCGUGUUCUUGAGAACUGUCAAGAGCGACUUCAAGGCACACUUUCCUAAAGACUCAUUCACAGAAAAAUUAGACUCAUUAGUUGGACCAGUGGACGACGACAAGAGUAAAAAGGGUUGGAAAGCUUUGGCUCGGGACGUUUUUGUGCAACCAACUUUGCCAGUGAUUUUGAGUAUUCUUGGUGGCUCUGGUGUUCAGCUAUCUUUGACCUUAUUUGGUGUUUCUAUUCUCUGCACUGCUGGUAUCUCCGGACCAAACAACACAAUUCUAACCACCUCGAUAACGACUUUCGUUAUUGCAGGUUUCUUCUCGGGUUUCGCCGGAGUUCAAUUUUACAAGACGUUCACCCACAGACAAAGAGCUUCCUGGAGAACAGUGUCGUUUUUGUCUGGAAGUUUGCUAAGUGGAUUUGUGCUGAUCGUCCUAUUCGUCCUCAACAUCAUAAUUUGGGCUAAAGACUCGUCUUUAGCAUUACCGUUCGGAACGAUUUUGGCUUUAAUUUUCAUAUAUGUCCUGUUGCAGAUCCCUAUCUCUCUUCUGGGUGGUUACAUCUCCCAGAAGGUGGAUGUUCUGGGAAGACUCAUCAAGGAGAAGCCAAGAACUACCGAGAAACACACCGAAAUCUUGAAAGCCAUUCCAAGACAGCCAUUCUACAACAAACUCAAGUAUUCUCUACCGCUUUUCGGAUUGUUCCCAUUUGGAAUCAUUUUUGUUGAACUAUUGUUCUUGUUCAAGUCGUUGUGGGUCGAGAAGCUGUCCUUCUACUACAUGUACGGAUUCCUCUCGUUCACCGCGUUCCUUUUGUAUGUGGUUGUGAUUGAGAUCAGCAUCAUUUCCACAUACUUGAGACUUAAUUCCGGAGAUUACUACAAUUGGCAAUGGAAGUCUUUCAUUACAAGUGCGGGAUCUAUCUUCAUUUACCUUCUCGGUUAUUCGAUUUACUAUUUGAUAUUCCAUAUGAAAGUCGUUGAUAUCGUGUCUCCGCUCAUCUACUUGGUGUAUGCUACCAUGAUGGAUCUUAUGGUCGGAGUUUCCUGUGGUGCUAUUGGAUUAUUGGCCUCCACACUCUUCGUCUACAAGAUAUAUUCGUGA